GUAAUUUUUUUACGUGGAGAAUCACAUCAUACUAAUUCAUCUGUAAGUGAGAGAAAAUAUAUAUGUCUCUCAGAAGACGACGGCGGCGCACUUGUAUGGAAUGACAAUUUAGUUCUUCGAUAUCAGCGAGAAAAAAAUCGUACUGAUUUGCAGUUUCACAGUAGUCAUCUAUACAAUACCUCGAUAACGUGCAAAAUGAACGCAACAAGAGGUUGUUUAGAAUCCUGGGAUCGAAGAAACUGGAAACUUACAGAUUCUAUAAAAACACCCAUGGGUCCGGUAUUUGAUCAAAGAUGGGAAGAAUUUCAAGAAUUCGAUUUCAAUUAUUUACCAUUUAGAGACUACCUAAAAUCUGGAGCAAUGUCUAUUUCAAUUCGUUCAUGGCAGAACGUGAAGAUUUCGAUAUGUGGUGUACACCCGUAUUCUACACUAAAUUCAUUUGAUACAACUUGUUUUCGGAUAACAUUCAAAUACGAUAGUACGGAUUCUUCCAUUCAAUACUGCAAUUCAUCUGAUGUCAUAAAUCCGAUGCAAGAACAAUGUUCUCACAACAUAAUUCGCAAAAGAUUACUGUCAUUAUCUGAAACUGAAUGGCGAACAUUUGUCAUUUCAUGGGAUUAUUGGAAGAAUAAUGUUACUGUUUAUGAUACUAAUGAUAAGAACAAAAUGCUUACAUUUGCAGAUACAGAAACAUAUAACUUACAUUUAUACAAUUCCUUUUCCUUCUUCUUCGAAGUACAGAAUUUAGAAAAAGGGUUGUAUCGCCUACAUGAGUAUUCUUUUCUGCACACAGUUGACAAGAAUGCAAUUUUAAUGAGUCCUAUUUAUUAUUUUGAUACUCUAAAGAUAUGCAUACAAUUAUUACUAGGAUUGUGCGCAGAAUGUGAUGCAAACGUCAAGAUAAUUCAUUUAACGACAAAUACAAUAUUAAAAUCUGUAACAGCUAAAGGCUCACUAAAUGCUGCGAUUCAUGGCUUACCUAUGUGGCAACUCAUUAAAUUUAAUGAAACUUUUUCAACGGUCAACUUUAGUGGUGGUGUGAAAAUCUAUGUAAUUCCCAAACUCACAAAGCCUAAUCCCAGUCCGUUAUGGGCAAUAGCCGAUGUUCGUGAAUGCCCCACUAAAGAGGUUUUGAGAAAAGGAGUUAUUUCGCAAAAAACCAAUGAAUUUAAUUCGUGGUUCAAUGUAACAUGUCAAAAGUUAUUUUUCAAUACAAAUACUGUUGUAAGUUCUUUAUCAAAACCAACAAUCAACAUAGAUCUAGAUGACAAAAUUUGUCCUGAGGGAAAAAUUGGGCCAGAAUGUUCCUUUUCUUGCAAACAUGAUUUGGACAGUUCUUCUAAUUGCAAAGGAACUGCAAUCUGUUACAAUACCGGUUGCUUAUGUUAUCCAGGAUUUCAAGGCGGUACAUGUUCUGAUGUAUGUGACGACAAUUGGUAUGGUUAUGAUUGUAAGAANAAUUGCGAUUNAUGCAAAUCGUCUGANUCGUUUGGAUGUAACAAAAUAACUGGAGAAUGUGUUAACAAAUGCGUUAACAGCUCAGACAUUAUUUACGUGCCACCUUUAUGUCAUAUAGGUAUAAAGAAACUCACAUUACCUAAAAUUGUCUUUGUCAAUUCAACAAGCAUCAAAACUGAACUUCCUAUAAUAUGGAAAAAGGAAUAUGAACAAAUAAAGAUAAAGUAUUCAUUUACUAUUAAGGGACAAAAUAAUUACACUUUUUCACAAUCAUGGAAUAGACUGUUUCAAAAUAUGACACAUUUGACGGGAUAUUUCACCAAGUUAAAUCCUGGUUCUGUUUAUUCAAUCAAGUGCAUAGUAUUUGCAGGAAAUGCAAUAAUUCAAAGCAACUGGAAAACUGUGGAAACUGAGUGCGAACCAAUACAAACUUUCAACAUACUGUCCACGGAAAAUAGCAUACGUAUUGAUUGGCAAAACAAUUCACAUCACUUAUUUCCAUGUCCAGCACAUUGGUAUUCUGUAACUCUCCAGAAUAGAAAUACAGGCGAGAAUAUUCGUAACUCAACAGUUAUCACUUUUCCUCAUGAAGUGUCAGAUUUACCGCCAUAUAGUCCGUUCAAUGUGAUUAUAAUUCAUCCGCAACUUGCUCACACAACCAUAAACCGUAGCUACAUGUUUUUUACUUAUAUUCGUACCUUACGAAGCGCUGCAACAAGAGAAUUAGAUAUUCAAUAUGUUGCAAACUCGAGCACACAAGUUACUAUAAAAUGGAACUCUCCAAAUCACUUAAACGUAGUGCUGUAUGAAAUAACAUUAAAGAUUACUGUGUACUAUGGCUGUGAAGAUUUAAAUGAAACCACAUCGGUUGCACCUAGUAAAACCUAUACUACAUCCGAAACAGUAAUCACAUUCUCAGAUUUACAUCCGUACGCUUCUUACACAGUAAAAGUGACUGCACAUGAAUCUCCGAAUAGCAGUUAUGGCGCAGAAAUAACUUUUAAUACAAACAAAUCUGACAUACCAACAGAAGUGUUUACAGAAUUAAAAGCACAAAAUUGGACAUUAUCAUGGCAACCACCUAAAGAUUGCUCAACGAUUUCGGGAUCAUUAAACGCUAAAAUAAAAAUUAGCGGAGUUAGUACAGCUGUAAAACAUUUCAGUGCAAUUGAAUUUACAUCGCGUUGGUAUAUUGACUUAACUAUACUAAAUCCACCACUACUUAGUAACGAGCUAUAUCGAGCAACUGUUUAUGUAGUAAGAGAAUAUAAUAGUACAGAGAAUUUCUCAGUUUAUCGAGAACUGGACUUCAGAACGCCACUUACAGCUCCACCUGCAAUAGCAAAUCUAGAAAUUGUUGAGAUUGAUACUCGUUCAGUGCCACUUAUAUUACACUUGAGAUGGUUACGUCCACUUUUAACCUUAAAAAAUAAUGAUUCUUAUUAUAACGUUACUACUUAUUGCAAUCAAUAUGCCUAUUCCGUUAAAGUGAAUAUAAAUACCUUCUGUGAUUUGUGGCAAGAUUAUAUCUGCAGAAUAUUAUAUCUAGUUCAUGAACCAUGUUACAACAUUCAGGUUUCGGAGAUAAAAGAAAAUGAUACAGAUGCAAGGUCACCGGCUAAUGUAUUUCAGGAAAUGUUUAAUAUUACAAAACCAGAGAAACCUGCAUUUUUUACUUACACAAUACUCAAUAACAGUAUAGUCGAUUUACUAUGGCAUCAUCCUUGGAAGACAAGUCGUCAUCUACAAUGUUUUCUCAUCACCGUAGAAGAAAGUAUUUCAUAUCUGAAACAGCGCAUUUCUCAAUCAACCGCAAAAACAGAGUAUAUUUAUAGAGUAGAUGAAUAUAAACGUAAUUAUACCAAGCGUUUACAUUUACAUCCAUCGACAGAGUAUCGAAUCUUAAUUCGAUCUAUGACAAUCACAAACGAGACCAGUUUAUUUAAUUAUGUAAAUGUACAGACACCGUCAACCGCAACAUUCAAUGACGUUUUUUUACACGUCGUACCGGACGAAUUUAAUUCUACGAUCAUGGUAUAUAUACCGCGUGUUCUUAAUGACACGUAUGAUAGUGAUUUGCACAUUGUUGUGAAAGGAUCUAAUCGAUGCAAAAAGUAUUUACAAGUACCUAAAAGUUUACAAAAACAAGCAAAUAUAAAAAACAAUGAUGUCGCUUGGCAAGCUGCUAAGAUCUCGACAGAUGAGAUUGCUCGCAACAAUUAUACUUUCAUAGUUGGUGACAACAAAACUUACGGAAAUGCUAGGAAUUGCCCACUACAACCUAAUCAAUCGUAUGAGAUACUAGUUUUUUUAACAGAAAGAAAGUUAAUAUUUCGAAGGUUAAAUGAAAAUCCCAUGCUUAGAAAUUCAACAAGCAUUGGGAACGUUCUAGAUCCACUACCUUAUGGAAUAUGGCUUAUUCCCAUAAUAUUACUGCUCAUUAUGGGUGCCACAGUCUAUUAUUUCUACCGAAGACGAAGACGACAAGUAUUUAAACAGAUACUUUCACAAAACGAGAUGGAGGUGUGGCAAAAUGCUGAAAGAACGAAUGUCUUAGUAAUCUUUAGUAAUAAUAGUAAUAUGUAGAUCAGUAAUAAUAAAAGUAGAAUUACUAUUAUAAUUAUUAACAUAUUUUAAUGAAUUACGCUCGAUUGCUAAAGUACAACUCAACGUUGACAAACGCGCGUUACAGAACGCUUUGUGUCAACCUUGGUCUAAGAUAUGACAUUGAAAAAAAUGGUAUAAUUUAACACGUCGUAAG